AUGUCUUCAUCUUCCUCAUCGCUCAUCUCGCCAUCAUUGCGGAUACUUAGUACACUGCUUCGUAUAGCAUUCGCACUUGAAGCAUUACCAUUACCAUUCAUAGUUAGUAUGGAUCGCUUAUCCAUAGUAGAAGGUGAUCCAGACAAAUUUCCCGAAUACCCUCUUGUGAUGCCAGACAUGUCAUCAUUGUUAGAUAUCCCAGUUACACCUUGUUGUUGCAUUGAAUUGAAUCUUAAUCCUCCAAGAGCAGCAUUUCCCGUUACUGAAGCCGAAGGCGAGUGUGUAAAUUUGCGCAAAUACGAUGCAGUGGAUACAGAUAGGAUAUCGGGGAUAUAUGCCAAUUUAGUUUGA